UGAUGCUAAUGAGCGGAGUUGUUGGGCGAGCCAGGAACUUCAUUCCCCUUCUCUGUGUCAGGAUCGCAGAAAUUAUGCCCCUUCUCUCACCAUGAGCUGGCUCUCCAGUUCUCAGGGGGUUGUGCUCACUGCCUACCACCCCAGCGGCAAGGACCAGGCCGUGGGGGGCAGCCAUGGCAAGGGAGGGGAGGAAGCCGCCGCGAGUCGCAGAUAUGGCCAGUACACUAUGAACCAGGAAACCACCAAAGUUACCGAAAGGCCUCCAUUUGAUCGAUCGAGUUCCCAGGAUUCUUUGGAUGAACUCUCUAUGGAAGACUAUUGGAUUGAACUAGAAAAUAUCAAGAAAUCUAGUGAGAACAGACAAGAUCAAGAGGUGGUGAUUGUCAAAGAGCCUGAUGAGGGAGAAUUGGAAGAAGAGUGGCUCAAGGAGGCGGGUUUGUCCAAUCUCUUCGGAGAGGCUGCUGGAGAUCCCCAAGAAAGCAUGGUCUUUUUAUCCACACUGACCCGGACCCAGGCAGCAGCCGUUCAGAAACGGGUAGAGACUGUCUCCCAGACCUUGAGGAAAAAAAACAAACAGUACCAGGUUCCUGACGUCAGAGACAUAUUUGCUCAACAGAGGGAAUCCAAAGAAAAAGAGGCUCCAGAUGGCACUGAAUCACAAUCAGUCAGAACAGAUGAAAACAAAUACCCAGGGAAAGAUGGCCAGGCAUCUAACCUAAUUGUUGGUGAAAAGGAACUGUUCCCCGUGGGGCCUGAGGAGGCUCCUGCUUCUGAAACAGACAUCAAUCUGGAGGUGUCCUUUGCAGAGCAAGCUGUCAAUCAGAAAGAAAACUCCAAGGAGAAGACCCAGAGGGGCAAAGGCGAUGAUGCCCCGUUACCUAGUUUCAGGUUGCCAAAAGACAAGACAGGCACCACCAGGAUUGGUGACCUGGCACCCCAGGACAUGAAGAAAGUUUGCCAUUUGGCCCUAAUUGAGCUGACUGCCCUCUAUGAUGUGUUGGGUGUUGAGCUGAAACAACAGAAAGCUGUGAAAAUCAAAACAAAAGAUUCUGGCCUUUUUUGUGUUCCAUUGACGGUAUUGUUAGAACAAGAUCAGAAGAAAGUACCAGGAACUCGAAUCCCUUUGAUAUUUCAAAAACUGAUUUCUCGAAUUGAAGAGGGAGGUUUGGAAACCGAAGGCCUCUUAAGAAUACCUGGUGCUGCGGUGAGAAUCAAGAAUCUUUGCCAAGAACUAGAAGCAAAGUUUUAUGAAGGGACUUUUAAUUGGGAAAGUGUCAAGCAGCAUGAUGCCGCCAGCCUGCUGAAGCUCUUCAUCCGGGAGCUGCCGCAGCCACUGCUCAGUGUAGAAUACCUCAAAGCCUUUCAGGCUGUCCAGAAUCUUCCAACCAAGAAGCAGCAGCUACAGGCCUUGAACCUUCUUGUCAUCCUCCUGCCUGAUGCAAACAGAGACACACUCAAGGCUCUGCUUGAAUUUCUCCAAAGAGUCGUCGACAAUAGAGAGAAAAAUAAGAUGACAAUCAUGAAUGUAGCCAUGGUCAUGGCCCCGAAUCUCUUCAUGUCCCACACAUUGGGUUUGAAGUCCAGUGAGCAGCGAGAAUUUGCAAUGGCAGCUGGGAUCGCUAAUAUCAUGCACUUAUUGAUUAGGUAUCAAAAACUUCUAUGGACAAUUCCCAAGUUUAUUGUCAACCAAGUGAGGAAACAAAACACCGAAAAUCACAGAAAAGAUAAAAAAGCCAUGAAGAAGUUGCUGAAGAAGAUGGCUUAUGACCGAGAAAAGUAUGAAAAGCCAGAUAAGAGCGUAAAUGACGCUGACGUUCCUCAGGGAGUGAUUCGAGUGCAAGCUCCCCAUCUUUCGAAAGUUUCCAUGGCAAUACAGCUAACUGAAGAACUCAAAGCCAGUGAUGUACUUGCCAGGUUUCUCAGCCAAGAAAGUAGUGGGGUUGCCCAGACUCUCAAGAAUGGGGAAGUUUCUUUGUAUGAAAUUGGAGGAAAUAUCGGAGAACGCUGCCUUGAUGACGACACUUAUAUGAAGGACUUAUAUCAGCUGAACCCAAAUGCUGAGUGGGUUAUAAAGUCCAAACCAUCACAGAAGACUUAAAUUGCAGAUAACCACAAGGACUUCCAUAGGAAUACUUGCUGGGUCAAGAGUGUAAAAAAAGAAACGGCAGGACUCUUAUUUUUCAAAUGUACCCAACUAUUGAAUAGGGACACACUGAAGCCUUAAGAAGUUAUAGAUUUGUGCUGCUGCCAGUUAUGUUAAUUAUUAAGAUUAUUAUUAGAAAACAAAUGUCUCUGGCGUGAGAAGGAAGAGGCUUAAUUAUUAAGCUUGUAGGCUAUUUUCAUAUACUCUGUGAAAUGUGUCCAGAUGUGACACCAGGUUUGUAUAUGAAAAUACACGGUCUCCCCUCUCACUUUUUUUUCUUUGAAAGUGAUAUAUACAGUAAUACAUGCUUUUUCACCUUUCUCUUCUCCUGACAUCUGCCUUCCCCCAGUGAGGUUGGCUUUGCAACCGAAAAGGUAACAAGUACCAGGUAUGGCAAGUUGUGAAGACAGUUCAUCUUCCAGGAGACCGAAUUCAGCAGUGUUCCCAUCACUGUCGAAUGUGAACAUUCAUCUCUCUGAAUCAUUUGUUCAAACAAUAGCAUCCCACUUCUUCCUGCUGUAUCACAUGAAGUGAUUUGCAUUUUUUUUCAGUCCACCUGACAUAUGUGCACAGAACUGUAUCCACUAUCAAGAAAAUAGAACUGUCAGAAACUGCCAAUUAUUACCGCACCAUUUAAGACUUAGAUACUCAGAAUAAAUAAGAUAGUUCCACCUGGAAUAACUGGAUUAUGGAUAAGAAGAGAGCAAAAGCCAAAUCACUUCAUGCCUGCGGUAGCCUUCUGACUGAAAUGUGAAACAUUGUAGCUGGCUUUAGCUAUUGUCAUAGUAGCAGUAUAAACACGCAUAAGAGUAUGAUCCAGUAAUUGUCGAGAAUGUGUCCAACUGAAAUAGAGGGAUUUUUUUUUUUUUAAACUCAUAAAUAAGUCAGUAGGAAGCGUUAUUCUUCUGGGUAUGACACAGUCCUACAAACAAGCUUUUGUUUGUGUACUUCUUUAAAUAACCAGAGCGCAUUUAUUAAAGUGCUAUGGAGAGGACUAUUCCCAGAGAUUUUAAGGCGCAAACCAUAUUGCAACAAGAGAUGAGCCCCCGUGCUGUAAAUAAGAGGAAGGAAGUGAGAGAGAAAUGUUCAAUAUUUUAUGAGUUUAGAGUGUAGUAAAUAAAAGGUGAUGUAAAUGAAUGUUC